AUGUUUGGGCUGUUUGAAGACGGGCUGUUAUUGCCCCAGGCCAUUGCCCUGCCUUUCCUUGGGAGUGUGCUUGCCCUUGUGGCUACAUCUAUUCUUUUCGUUUUUGCAGUGGAUUAUCACCAUGGUUGGAAAAGAAGAAGAUUCCUCGGGAACAUUCCUCUCAUGGAUGAUUCAAGUUACUUCAGCCCUCGUCUACGCCUAUGGGGUUCUGGUCAUAACUACGUGGAAGGAUUUGCGCGUGGGUAUACAGAGUACAGCAAAAAGGGCAAGCCCUGGGCCGUGCCUCUACCAGGUGGUUCAGGCGAUAUGAUUGUUCUUCCUUAUCACUGUGGAAAAGAAUUCUUCAAUUUACCAAAAGAUAACUUGAGCAUGAGACACAUGAUGUCGGAUGAAAUCAACUUCAAUCACAUCCUGGAUGCAGCCUGGAAGAUUCCCGUCGAGGCCAUGCAAGCAUGCAACAAGCCGAGCACCUUGAAAAAGCUAGAUCCACUUAUCAUGACAGAGGCAGAAAAUAGCAUUAGGCAAUUCAUGGGAUCGUCAAAGAGCUGGAACGAAGAUUCUAUCUUCAAUAUAUCGUUGCAGGUUCUGGUUGAUAUUGGUGUUCUCCUUGUUUUCCACCCUGGGUUUGGGCGAGACGUAGGACUUGCGAAACAAAUGGGCGAUUAUGUCGGCCAGGUUGAAGGGCGAACACAUCUCUACGAGUCAAUGCCCCGGAUAAUGGGGCCUCUCCUGGAACUGUUUGCGCCGGAGUGUCAUCAGAUCAGAUCGGCUAUGAAGUCAAUGAAGAAGACGAUCAUGCCAGAACUAAGACGUCUAAUCAAACAGAAACGAGAGAGCUCACCAACCCAUGAUGACCAGUUCUACGCCAGCUCAAUGGUUGAGCUUGCCUUGAAGAAGGGCCCCUUAAGCCGCAAUGGAGAGGUGAAGGAUGAAGAACACCAUAUUGACAUGAUGGCGGAUGAGACCAUGUUCAUGUUCUUUGAGGCAGUUGAACCCACAAUCAUGAUCCUGUCUACCUUCAUUGCCCGGCUUCUACUCCAUAGAGAGUUCCUCGAACCUAUCAGAGCGGAGCUGGAAGAAGCCCUAAGGUUAAAUGAUGGGAAAUGGAGCUUCGACAUCUUUAACUAUACCCCUAGGUUCGAGAGCUUCAGCAGGGAGGUUCUUCGCAUGGACUGCAUCAACCUGGUCGCCGGCAGCCGUCAAGUUGUCAAGGAGCCAGUAACAAUUAAAUCACUCGGCAUGACUUUUGGCCCUGGAACGAAUCUCACCACCUCCGGCAAAUUCGUCCACUUUGACCCUGAAAUCUAUCCAGAUCCUACCCGAUUUGACGGCAACCGUUUCUAUAGGCCUGACUUGGCAGCCGGCGAUAUACUUCAUAACACGAUAUCACCUAACGAACAGUGGGUAUCUUUCGGACUCGGAAUCUCGUCGUGUCCUGCACGACUACUGGGAACCAGAUUGUGCCAGACUAUGACCGCAAAGAUACUCUUGGGCUACAAUUUGGAAUUGGCACAUGAAGACGGCAAAUGUCCAGAUUUCAACGUCUACGUGGAUGCCGUUGGAAUCCUAAACCCAGAGAUCAAGAUGAGAUACAAAAGUCGGCAGUAA